AUGGAUUGGUUUGAGGAAGGGGAUAGAAAUACUAGAUUUUUUCAUAACCAUGACAAUGGUAAGAGGAAAAAACUACAAUUGAAAAGGAUCCAAAAUAAUGAUGGUGCAUGGAUUGAAUCUCAAGAGUUAUUGUCUACUGCUGCAAUUGAGUUUUUCCAAAAGCAGUUCACUAAGGAAGAGGAUCCUACAAGCUUUGAUCUCUUAAACAAUGUGCCUUCAAUGGUGACAAGGGAGCAAAACCUAGAGCUAUGUAGAUUGCCUACUAGAGAGGAGGUGAAGACAGCAGUGUUUGCAUUGAGUAGUGAGAGUGCAAGUGAUCCAGAUGGCUUUUUUGGCUUAUUCUUUCAAGCAUGCUGGGACAUUGUAUUCUCAAGGGUGGCACAUGAUAGAUUGGAGAAGAUGCUGCCUUCCUUGAUCUCUUCAAAUCAAUCUGGUUUUGUUAAGGGAAGGAGUAUAUUUGAGAACAUUCUAUUAACUCAAGAGAUUGUUACAGACAUUAGAUUGAGAGGGAAUCUUGCCAAUGUUGUUAUCAAGCUGGAUAUGGCAAAGGCUUAUGAUAUGGUGUCAUGGAAAUACAUAAUGCAUGUGUUAAGAAAGAUGGAGUUUGCAGAAUGCUUCACCAACAUGGUGUGCAAUCUGAUUGCUAACAAUUGGUACUCAGUCAUGGUUAAUGGGCAAGCUUCAGGAUUUUUUCAUUCAACAAGGGGUGUGAAGAUCACUGAACAAAUUGUUUGA